UUCAAUAGCCUGUACAAAGGCAAUUGCCAUAGCAUUCAAACGUUCGUUCGUUGUUGGUGUACGACGCUCUGUGUGUAUUGUGUUAUAUUUCCAAUAUAGCUGAAGCGACGGGCAUUGAAGCUACUAUAGAGCUAUAGCAAGCAAGCAAGCACACGGUAAACGGUUGGAAUAUCAGCUCAGCCCAUACACAGUAUACAAGACUACGGCACAGUAAAAGCAAAGCAAACGGCGGCGCAUUUGUUGGAGAUUAUACAAUUCAGCGCAAAGUAAAAAUAUAGGCGAUUGCCUGAAUAGCAUAGCAAGCGGCAGAAGCAGCAACGCCGAAGCAGUUAGCUAUAGGCGGCGGAUAUACAAUAUAAAAAUAUACAAUAUAUAGCGACUACGGACCACGGGGCUACGAGGGCGCUACUCGUGUGAGAAAUACGACGACGCAGCGGAAUACGAAUACAGUGACGACAGCGUUGGUGAAUGCAUACGGAUAGAAGUGGAGUGUGCACAAUUGGCAGCAGCUAUAGAGAAGUAAAGGCUGGUUAUACGAAACGACAAUAUACACAAUACACGCUAUAGACUAGGGGCAAAGUUGUACCCACAGCAUAGAGCCAAAGUAACGAGCAUUGCUAGUGUACAAAAGCUGUGUAUAGAGCUCUACGUCUCGAGCGACAAAGUAUAGGCGAAGUGAAACAAGCGUGUAGCGAAAACGCUAGGCAGUUAUAAAAAAAUAAAACUGAAUACCAACUGGGAUCUCGUCGCAAUUCGUCAGUCGUGCCAACAAGCGCUGUAGAAGGCAUUUGAAGAGAAGUAAAGAGUAUACCGAUCAGCAUAGAAGAAGAGAGGUAAAGUGAAGCAGCGGAGGCAGCAUUGAUAUAUCGGUUUUGUACUACGGGACAGGCGGGUGUGCAAAGCAAAGCAAGUGAACAGUGGCUGUAGUUUUUUCUUUUGGCUGUCGUACAAAUUGUAGAGAAGACUAAAAGCAGAGACGCAUUUUAUAUGCGUAGAUACAAGUAGUGUAUGUGUGUAAUUGCAUAAAAACGAAUUGGUGAAGUGUUUACAGAAGACGACGGAGGAGCAGAAGAGGGUUGUCGCGCGCGAAAACCUCUCCUAUCCCCCCCCCUAUUAACGAUUGUUGGUCAUUACUGGGUGACAAACCGACACACAGCAAAAAGCAGUGUGUGAGAGCGAACAAAGGAGUGAGAGGAGAGACAUUUUAUUUUUCGUGCUGUGCUAGCAAGCGGCAUCAGCAGCAUACGAGUACAUUGUUGGUAUUGUAUAAUUUUAUAAUACGUGGAGUGGCGAACGGCGGCGCAUUGUUGGACAACGCAACGUAAACGCCUAAACAAAGUAUAGCAUAGCAUUUGUGUAUAGAGCCAGCGCCUUAUAGCAGCUAGCAGCAAGAUAGGGAGCAGAGACUACAACAACAGCAGUAAAGUAGCAGCAACACAACACAUAGUUGCAGUAUGGAGCAUUUUCAUCAGAUUCAGCAAACUCUUCAACACUAUCAGCAGCAGUUGGCUGCGCAGCAACAGCAGCAGGCAGUGCAACAGCAACAAUUACAGCAACAGCAGGCCCAUCAAGUGGUCGUGCAACAAAAUCAACAGCAAGCACAUCAAAAUAAUGCCAACACCACUUCUGGUGUAGGCACUCAACAGUUAUUUACCUAUAAAAUGGCCAGUAGCUUCCCAAAUCCAGCCACGACCAUGGCACAGGUGGUCGCUACCUCAAAUGCGGCCGGUUCUACCGGCUACGACUAUCGUCUUAAUAUGGCACAAGCAGCUGCAGCGGCAGCGGUACCCGGUUCACAGUGGUGGUAUUCGGCUGCGAAUUCUGGACAGAUAGAUGCUAAUACCGCCGCACAGUUGCAACAGCAACAACAACAGCAGCAACAACAGGCACAGCAACAGCAGCAACAGCAACAGCAGCAGCAGCAACAACAGCAAGCGGCACAACAGCAACAGCAGCAGGCUCAACAGGCACAGCAGCAGCAACAACAGCACCAGCAGCAACAGCAACAACAAUUGCAGCAACAGCAACAGAAUGCCACAGCGAGCACGAUGAUUCGUGGCGCUAAAGCUGAUGCGAAACCCCGAGGCCGUAUGACCGCGUACGCAUUCUUUGUACAAACAUGCCGAGAGGAGCACAAGAAGAAGCACCCCGAUGAGACAGUGAUCUUUGCUGAAUUCUCCCGAAAGUGCGCUGAGCGAUGGAAGACAAUGGUGGACAAGGAGAAGAAGCGCUUCCACGAGAUGGCCGAAAAAGAUAAGGCGCGAUAUGAAAUGGAAAUGCAAAAUUAUGUGCCACCCAAAGGCACCGUGGUCGGACGUGGCAAGAAGAGGAAAAUGAUUAAGGACCCGAAUGCGCCGAAAAGAUCAUUAUCUGCAUUCUUCUGGUUUUGCAAUGAUGAACGCAACAAAGUUAAAGCUGCGAAUCCUGAAUAUGGUGUAGGUGAUAUUGCCAAGGAGCUUGGCCGCAAAUGGUCCGAUGUGGAUCCAGAGGUUAAACAAAAGUACGAACUAAUGGCUGAGAAGGAUAAGGCGCGCUAUGAACGGGAAAUGACCGAGUACAAAACCAGCGGGAAAAUACCGAUGUCCGCGCCCUCAAUGCAAGCACAAGCGGCUGCAGCGCAGAAAGCCGCGUUACUCGCUGCCAGUUCGCAGCAGCAUGAGGAGCAUGGUGAUGAUGAUGGCGAUGGCGAUGAUGAUGAAAAUCAAUAGAUUUAAGCAAACAAAAAAUUGAAAAAAAGAAAAGGAGCAUAAGAUAAAAACAAAAAAGAAACAAAAAAAAAUGAAAGAAUUAACAAUUUUCCACGCAAGAAAUGGAACUUAUAUAACGUAAUUUUUAAGUGAGAAAAAAAUAAGAAAAAUAUUCAAUGAGAUAAGAAGCAACCAGAAAGAAACAAAUCAUAAAUACAAUGAACCGACGAAAAUUAAAAACAAAAUAUGAAAUUUAACAGGGAGAAUGUACAUGCAAAACUCGACUUAAUAAAAACGCGCGGUAUAUGUAUAUGUAUGCUAUGCUGCAAAUACAAAAUCAAAGCUAAAAAGUAGAUGUAGCUCCAACCAACAACCAACAACUGUCAAGGAAAUCAAUAUAUACGAUGCAGUACUACAAAUAACAAUACUUUAAAACAAACAACACAGCUUUUAAAACCUAUGCGUGCGUAUAUUCAUAUGCAUGUUAUUAAAUUUUCAUAAAAUCAACAAACAACCGAACCGAGUUUGCUUAAAUAAAACUUAAAAUUUACUCCACGAACUAACCUUCCAUGUGAUGCUCAUUCUAAGUGGCGACAUGCACACACACACACUCGCAGUUACCAUAGCAGCAAAAAGGAAAAUAGAAAAAGAGUAAAAUUAUAAUUUCUGCAGCAGAGUAGAGUAAUAAUAAAGGCAUCUUUGAAUAAUAACGGCAAACAACUCAGAUACGAUUAUUUUAUAUUAUUUCGUUUCACGUAUUUUUAUUUUUAUUAUACCAUUAGCAAUAAACGUUACGAUUAAAGAGAGACACUCAUAGUUUAGGGGCAAAUAAGAAGCGAAGAGAAAAUAUGAUGAGGCCAAUUUUUCACUCCUUUUCUUCUGGAGCGAUACAAGUUAGUGCACGUCUGACUCAAAACAUGAACGCAUUAGAAAUUAUUAUUAUUUUUUGAUUGGCUGAUAGAGUUGCGAUUAUUGGCAGAUUAUUUUAUUUUUCAACAAUUAACAGUUAAUAUACAAUAUUUACACAGACAAAACAAUCAAUAAAAGAAAUAAAGAAAUUUUAAUAUUAAUUUUUUCGUAUAUUUUGUAAAAAAUCAUUUAAUUUCCAUUUUUACCAUUUGAAAAUCACAAAAAAAGGAGAAAAUAAAUGUUAAGACAAAGAAGCAAGGACCAAGUGAAAAAAAAAAACGAAAACAAUAUUUUCAAAUCUUUUUACAAACAUUGCAG